CCGGUCACCAUCCUUCCCAUCGACUGGGUAUUCAUAUAUUCUUCAGUCUGAGACUGCUUGCUGCAGUUGUAUUCACGCAAUCAUGACGACCAUAGAGGGCCUCAAGUGGGCGGCGCACGCUGUACAGGGGUUCAGCGCCGAAAAGCCACACUCGUCUGUGACCGACUGGAUUGAGAUUCUGUCCUCUGAGAAGUACUCUAUCGAUGACCUCGAUGGCAUCCCGGAGCUUGUGGAGAGUGUCAAUAUCCAAGGCAUGGAGGGUACUACCGAGGCAGCCAGGGCGAUCAGGAAGAAGCUCAAGUACGGUAACAUACACCGUCAAUUACGCGCUUUAACUAUCCUCAAAGCACUGGUAGAGAACUGUGGUCCUCGCUUUCGCACUGGGUUUGCAAAUGCCCAGUUCUGCGACCGUAUCAAGCUGAUGGCGGCUGAUCCUAUGACGGACGAGAGCGUCAAGAAACGGUUACUUGCUUUGUUGGCGUCGUGGCAUAGGCUGUUCAAGGAUGAUCCGAAGAUGAAGACCGUCGCCGAUCUGUACAUCGCAUGCGGAGGAGGCAAGGGAAAGACGGUGGCUCAUCACGAGAGGAGCAGCACCCGUGACUCGGCCACUUUGUCAAACGUGUCGGCGUCUCCUCCCAACUCGGCGCGUGAUUUCGAUGGCUACGAUGGUCAGACUCUCUGGGAGCGGCAGCAGCGCAUCGAGCAAGAGGAAGCUCGGUUGCGGCAGGAGCGGGAGCGGAAGCGCCGUGAGGACGACAAGCGCAAGUUGCAGGAGGAGAAGAAAGCCAUUGCCCGCGAACGUGAAGAGUUGGCGAAGGAGAAGAUCAGGGUUAAGAUGGAGCGUGAGAAGGCGGCUGCUGACGCUAAGAAAGCGAAGGAGCCACCUAAGGCUAAGAGGCCGCCUUUCAACUAUGAGAAGGAGAAGCCCAACAUCCUCAACUCUAUCGCGACGGCCUCACAGUGUUCCAACAACCUCAUCAAUGCGCUCAAGCUUGUGAACCGGGAGAAAGAGACAGUGCAGGCCAAUCCAAGGGUGCAGGAUACACUGCAGAAAGCCAAGCUCGCGCGGCGCCAGAUCGUGCGCUACAUCCAGCUCACUGAGAACGAGGAAGUGAUCGGUACUCUACUGGAGACGAACGAGCGGAUCAUCUCGUCGAUCUUCCUGUAUGACCAGAUGUGCAAGCCUGCGGAACACGAUAGCGACGAGGAACGCGGUGCUGCUGAAGCUGCUAAGGAUCCGGCUGAAGCUGCUCGCGCUCGUGUGGAGGCUCGCGGUGCUCGCGAGACGGAACUCGACAAGCUCCAGAUCAAGCAGCGCGAACGGGUCGAGCGAGUGAACUCCAUGCGCGACAUGCAUGGCGAGCGGCCUGCACGUCGGUCUCGCGCUUCUCACACGCAAGACGAGUAUGUGCACCCGGAUCUACGCGACCUCUCCUUCGGCCCUAUUGCGGGCAGGAACAGCCUCCCUGAACCCCUGAGGCCGAGUGAGGACAGCGACGACGAUCGCCAGGCUGGGCUGAGCGACUACUCUGACUACGAUAGCGAGGAUGAGAGGUACGGCUCCGGGUCGCAUCACACGCAUUCGCGCCAGGCGAGCACGAGCAGCCAGGCAAGAUAUGAUACGAAUACAAGCAAUGGGAAUGGGAAGAAUCUUGGCUCUGGUUCUGCCCCGGCUGGCGGGUCGGGCUUGUUGGUUGAUCUGAGUGACCCGUUCGCUGACCCGGACGAGGGUGUCUCCACACCGGGCAUCGCGGAUAAGAAACCAAUUUGGGCGGAGUGAGAACAGUGGUUGAUCAUCCCGGAAGAGGGAUACGAUUGGAUUUCAUUUUCUUCAUGACUCCAUUUUUUCACGAUGAGUUCGAGUUCACAUAUGCACUGAUGGGGCGGUACAGUAUGGGUCUGACAAUGAUGAAGAUGCGAGGAACAAGAGAAAUAAUAAAUAACGGAAAUUUGUUGUUGUAGUAUGCUGUAUACCUGAGGA